AAGCUUUACAGGCUGUUCACAGGGGUGAAAGUGAAAGUGUGUGUGUGACAGAUACAUGUAUACACGCAGAUAAACACAGUUUUCACACACACAAAGCCGAGGCAGCAGUGUAGCUCCAGCGCCUGACAGGAUGGGGAAGAUAUACCAGCUCAUUAUUAACGGUCUGAAGGGGGAGAAGAUUACGGUGGAUGUGGGACAUUCAGAGGAAGAGAUGAACUCCAUGACGGUCCUGCAGCUCAAGAAGAAGAUUGCGGAGAAAAUGCCGGGGAAUUCAGGUGACACUUUGGAAGAUCUGCGGCUGAUCUUCACUACCAAGCAGAUGGAUGACUCGGGUCUGCUGUCCGAGUACGGGAUCCAGGACAAAUCCGUCAUCCAGAUGGUCCUGAGACUGCCCGGAGGACAGAGUGCCCGUACUUCCUGACCCGGACAAGCCGAACCGGCCCUCCGCUGCGUCCCCUCCGGCUCAUGAACGUGCAGCAGGAGCGCUGCAUUUCGGAAGGAUAUAAACCUGAUUUCUCUUUUAUUAAGAGCGCUCCGUGAAUGCUGCAUUAUAUAUUAUAUUGUAAAACGUUAUUCCUCGUACUACCAUAUGAAUGCACGGCAGCGAGCCGUAUUGAAGGAGUUGGGCGAGUGUAGCGAAGAGCUUGAGCAGAGGUGUCGUUGCAGAGCGAGUUGGUGUGACGUGAAGUAUCUUUUACGGUGAAACACAAAAUAUAACUGAUGUAAAAUGUGCAGUACAAUGCGAAUGUUGCACUUUAUAAAGGUAGUCUGCUCCAUGAAUAUUACUAAAACAAUUCUCUGAGCAAAAGCAAACACCCUGGGGGAAUGAUCUUCAACACUGUUUACAUUUUCAAUGAUUAUGCUUAUGCAGUAACAACUUAAUAAAUCACUUCCGAACUAAUAAAGACAAUGGAAAAUG